GUGAUUUCGGUGUCGCGCAUUGCAGCACUGUCUGUCAAAUGAGCGACGCUGUCAAAAAGAGGCGUAUGUGUGUGUGUGUCGUUGUGUUUGUGUAAACCAAAAAAUAAAAAAGAAAAACAGAUAAUACGAAAAUACAAAAGUAAAACUUUGCGCUGCCAAUUCGAUAUUUAUUUAUUUAUGAAAAUAACAAUAGUAUAGUGCAAAAUAUAGAUUAAAAAGUGGUGUGUGUGCGCAUUGCAUUUGUGUAGCACACAAAUACAAAAAGUGAUAGAAGCAAAGUACAAAGCAGCUUGAUUUCAGUUGUCGAUUCCAAUACCGCUGCGGACAAAGGAUAGUUAAGAAACGCAAAUACAGUCACGACUCGACGAUGUCAACCGGAAGGCCCAUAAAAUGUGUCGUCGUUGGUGACGGUACUGUCGGAAAGACUUGCAUGCUAAUCUCCUACACAACAGAUAGUUUUCCCGGUGAAUAUGUGCCUACAGUUUUCGAUAACUACUCCGCACCCAUGCAAGUGGACACAAUACAAGUGUCGCUGGGGUUGUGGGACACAGCCGGACAAGAGGACUAUGAUCGCUUAAGGCCGCUCUCCUACCCACAGACAGAUGUUUUCCUGAUAUGCUACAGUGUUGCGAGUCCCUCUUCGUUUGAAAAUGUCACAUCUAAAUGGUAUCCAGAGAUAAAACAUCAUUGCCCAGACGCACCUAUUAUACUAGUUGGCACCAAAAUCGAUUUGCGUGACGAUCGCGAGACAUUGAGCGGAUUGGCCGAACAGGGUUUGACGCCGCUUAAGCGUGAGCAAGGUCAAAAGCUGGCAAAUAAAAUACGCGCUGUGAAAUACAUGGAGUGCUCCGCCUUGACGCAGCGCGGCCUAAAGCAAGUGUUCGAGGAAGCGGUACGCGCUGUGCUGAGGCCAGAGCCAUUAAAGCGACGCCAGCGAAAGUGUUUAGUUAUGUAAAAAAGCAGUGGGUUAUUUGCUUUGAACCGGCGACAAUGGAUACUCAGAAACGACAUUGUAAACAAGCCAAGAAAGAUAGAGAGAGAUACACAAUCAUAAACCAAGGGAGCGCCCUCUUCUCUACUUAAGCGUGAACAAAUCAAUUCGAAUAUUUGAUUUACUUAUACAUUAACAUAAUUUUAAAUGUAUAAGUUUAAAUAUUGUUUGCAUAUUUUAUUUAAACCACAUACGGCACAAACACUACGACUCCCUCCCAUUAGAACUACAACUAAAUAACAAGAAUACAGCAGCUACACAUAUUGAAAUCUAGUCAAUUGAAUCAAAUGUAUUGUACUAAUUUUAAUCAACAGAAGCAACAACGGCAGCCAAUGAAGUAAAUUUUAUAAAUGCAAGCAGCUUGAGGAAACAGAAAAUUUGUUUUGCAUAUCAGUGCUAAAGUAAAUCAUUACUUAAGCAGCUCCUAACUUUGAUUAAAUGUAUUAUAAUUAUGUAGCCAAGGCGUUUCCUAACUUCCUAAUUUCAACAAGAAACAGAGAAAGAAUAUUAACAAGUUUAUACGAUACUUUAGCAUAACCCCUUUUUUUUAAACUAUUCGCUUAGCUCGAGACACCGAAGCAUGAAAAUUGUCUUUUCAAAAUAUAAUAACUGUUGUUUAUUAUUUUAUAUAACUUAUUUAUUGUCCUAACUUUAAUAAUGCAAUGUAUAAACAACUUUUACGGCUUAAGUUAGCGAAAAGUGUGAAUAGAAAUGGAAAUGGAAUGGCAAACUGCAUUUAAAUGUGACUUGACUCGAAUCAAAAAAAGAUACUAAAAAUAGAAAUUAUAUGAAAAAUUAUAUAAAGGCACACAUUUUGUAAACAUUCAGAGAGCAACGUUAAAAUUACACCCCGAACAAUUUUUAUAUUAAUUAUUAUAUAAUGAUGAAAAAGAACUAACGAAAAAACAUGUAAAUGCAAUGUAAACGAAGGGCUUCUUGAUCGAAUCCGAUUGAGCAGAGCCCGAAACUGAUUAUCUACUUACGAGAAAUAUAUAUACAACAUACUGUAAUUAAUAA